AGGGGAGGGCAUCCUUUUCACAAGGGGAUUCGUAAAUGUCCAAUUGACCUGUGGUUGUAAUUCGUUUUAGGAAGAGGUAGUUCUAAUCUCAUCUAGCAGGACAUAAUUUUUAUAAUAAAUUUUCACCAUGUAACCGUCACACAGACGCUUGCGUUGUGUCGUUUUGGAGAACAGCGAGUUCCCCUUAAAGCGGCGCAGACGUCCCCUUUAAUUCAGACAUCCACUCCGCCAUGUAUCCAGAAUCGGCAUAACACAACAGAGGGAUCGUCUCCUUCUACACUCUCUGUCUUUCCUCUCCGUCUGCCGCGUCAUUUACGAGUUUUUCUCCCCUUGCGAUGCUCCGGGUCACUUUGGUGCUGCUUGCCCUGCUUUACUUCCUACUACCGGGCCCGAGUCAGGGAUAUUUCCCCGAGGAGCGCUGGAGCCCCGAGUCUCCGCUCCUCGCUCCUCGGGUUGUCAUCGCUCUGGUCUGCCGCAACUCAGCGCACUCCCUGCCGCUGUUUCUGGGAACCAUCGAGCGCCUCAACUACCCGAAGGACCGCAUUGCGCUGUGGGUGGCGACAGAUCACAACAUAGAUAACACCACAGCUAUUCUAAGAGACUGGCUCGUCAAAGUGCAGAAUUACUAUCACUAUGUGGAGUGGAGACCUGACGAUGAACCCAGUGCCUUUGAGGACGAGGUGGGCCCAAAGCACUGGAAUAAUCUCCGUUAUGAGCAUAUAAUGAAGCUCCGUCAGGCAGCACUAGACACUGCCCGCGAGAUCUGGGCCGACUACUUCCUGGUGGUUGACUGUGACAACCUGCUCACCAAUCCGGAUGUGUUGUGGAAGCUGAUGAAGGAGAACAAGACCAUUGCAGCUCCCAUGCUGGAAUCCAGAGCUGCAUAUUCCAACUUCUGGUGUGGCAUGACUUCACAGGGUUACUACAAGCGUACACCAGCCUACAUGCCCAUCCGCAGGCGGGAACGUCGUGGCUGUUUUGCUGUACCGAUGGUUCACUCUACCUACCUGGUGGAUCUAAGGAAAGAGGCCUCUCGUAAGCUGGCUUUUUACCCACCGCACCCAGAAUACAGUUGGGCUCUGGAUGAUGUCAUUAUCUUUGCCUACUCAGCUCGCAUGGCAGAUGUGCAGAUGUAUGUGUGCAACAAAGAAAUCUACGGUUACUUUCCAGUUCCAAUGCGUGCUCAUGCUACCUUUCAGGAUGAGGCAGAGAGCUUUAUGCACACCCACCUGGAGAUCAUGGUGAAAUAUCCACCGUUGGAGCCCUCCAGCUUCCUGUUUCUUUCUGCCAAGCAGCCUGACAAGCUGGGCUUUGAUGAGGUUUUUAUGAUAAAUCUGGUGCGGAGAACUGAGCGUUAUAAUCGAAUGAAAAGAAGCCUGUAUGAGCAGGAGCUCAGCUGUAAGGUUGUUGAAGCUGUUGAUGGCAAAGCUCUGAAUACUUCUGAUAUACAGACUAUGGGGAUUAAGAUGCUGCCAGGAUACAAAGACCCUUAUCAUGGUCGACCUCUCACCAAGGGUGAACUGGGUUGUUUUCUCUCACAUCACAACGUCUGGAAAGAGAUAAUUGAGCGUCGUCUACAGACCUCCCUGGUCCUUGAAGAUGAUCUUCGCUUUGAGGUGUUCUUUAAACGCCGUCUCCAGGCGCUGCUGCAGGAGGUGACGACACACAAGCUGGACUGGGAUCUCAUUUACAUUGGACGGAAACGGAUGCAAAUUGACCACCCAGAAAAAUCUGUACCAAACGUCAACAAUCUGGUCGAGGCAGACUACUCCUACUGGACACUUGGCUACAUGCUGUCGUUACAAGGAGCCAAAAAGCUCCUCCAGGCUGAGCCUCUGAGAAAGAUUCUUCCUCUUGAUGAGUUCCUCCCUGUGAUGUACAACAAACAUCCAAUUUCAGAGUACAUGGACCACUUUGAGCAUCGGGAUCUACGUGCAUUUUCUGCUGAGCCACUUCUGGUGUAUCCAACCCAUUACACAGGAGACCCGGGCUACAUCAGUGACACAGAAACUUCUGUGGUCUGGGACAACGACUCAGUCAAAACUGACUGGGAUCGAGCCAAGUCAAGGAAGACUCAGGAGCAGGGAGAGCUGAGCUUCAAGGCCCAAAACUCAGACGUGCUGCAGUCAAAACUGGAGAACUGGAGUGCACGGGACGAGCUGUGAUGAAGAAACAAAGACAUGAAGAGAAGUAGAAGAUACUGAACUCUGACAUGCAGAGAUAAAGGAGAUGAAACAAAGCUUUGAUAGAGGGAGGGAAUGGGAAAACAUGGAGGUAACAGAAAUUGGGAGAUAAAGGCAGUAGAGGCAGAAUUAAUGGACACUGAGUUGAUGAGGAGAACAAAUGCCUUUCCUUGUUAGUUUCUCGCUCCUCUAUUCAAUCUUUCUGUUGAGAGAUAAGAUGUAGUGUAAACUCUUGAAGAGUCAGCCAGCAGCUUUAGUUUUAUUUAUUGCAUUUAACACACAUGCCUUGUACACAAUCUGAUCCAAUAACAGUUUCUUUUCCUUAAUGAAUGUUUUCCAAAGUCAUGCCAUGAUGUACAGUACAAGUCAAAGGUUUGGACACACUUUCCCAUUAAAUCUAAUGGAGAAAUGGGUCCAAACUUUUGACUGGUAGUGCAUAUCAUGUUUUUUUUGCAAUAAAAUAAAUAAAAUUGGAAGAAAAUUGGAUCAUAGUUUCACAUGUUAAAAAUGUUUCAGACGACUUCAAUCAGAAUUUGUACCUCCUAGUUUCACAGAACCAGAUCUCUCCAUUAUCCUAAGUGAAAAUCUGCAGUAUGUUGAGUUAAAAUUUGUUCCUUUUUAAACACAUAUAACAUAUUUUUACUGACUCUUGGAAGAAACCAGAAUCCUUAAAGUACUGCCUUUGUUUUUUUUGUUUUUUUUCACUGCACUCUGUGGCUUCUCAGCUGUUUGGCUUGUGACUCUUUUGCAUGUCCAUUUAUGGUGGUUGGUUCUCCCAAUAAGAGAUUCAUUUUUAGAUGAAAGCAAAGAAUAAAGGCAUCAUUUUUUGCGGAGGAAAAUAUGUUAUGAUGUUUCUGUCAAAUCAUCUUGUGAGACUGAAGAUUUAUCUACCAAUGUUUUCUUUUUCUUAUCCUUUUGCUUAGUGUAGUUCCAAGUAGCCUGUGUGUUGUUCACAAUACCUAAUGUCAUUUAUUAUAUUUUAUUUUCUUUAAAGGUGUCUGUUUUCUCUUUUGUUAACAUGACUACCAAGCAGAAGAAUUGAUUUAGUGUUUCAUGAUUCAGUUUUAAUCCAAACUAGUAAUCUUUGCAUGUUCUUUGUUGAAACAAAUGUAUAUUUUUAGAAACUUGUUUUUUUUCUCCUGUCUUUGUAAGUCUUUUGUUUAUUUUGUUUUUAUUUUUAACAAAAGGGAAGUAAAACUUGAUUAUAAAACUGA